AUGUUCAUGGGAGCAGGAAAACGGACAGGCCGGUCACUAACGGCGACAAGUGCGCCCGGCCCUAUCAACAGUCGCCUAUUUUUCAUAACAGAUAAGUCCUCAGGCCGACGUUUUCUGGUGGAUACAGGAGCAGAAGUCAGUGUAUUGCCUCCAAGUAAAGCUGAUAAACUACAAGGGUGCAGAGGAUUUACACUUCAAGCUGCUAACAAUACACAGAUAUAUACAUAUGGAUCCCGUUCACUUACACUUAAUUUAGGAUUGCGCCGACCUUACCGUUGGAUAUUCAUAGUAGCUGAUGUAAAGCAUCCUAUUGUGGGAGCUGAUUUCUUGGAGCACCAUGGUCUAUUAGUUGAUGUCCGUCACAAAGUCCUUAUUGACACUCAGACUCGAUUACAAACUAACAUGCUGUGCACUCACCACCACCAUACACACAGUCUCACUCUUAACCCUCUCCUUUCUUCUAAUUCUUUCUCUUCUAUCCUUUUAGGUUUUCCUGAACUCUUUCAUCCUCACAAUUUCAAGUCACCGGUGAAACAUGACAUCGUCCAUUUCAUCGAAACUUCAGGAUCACCAGUCUAUACUCGAACGAGACGUCUCCCACCAGAGCGUUUACGAAUUGCUCGAGCAGAAUUCGAUCAUAUGUUAGAGCUGGGUGUAAUUCGACCGUCUUCUAGUUCCUGGUUGUCGGCACUUCACAUGGUCCCAAAACCCAAUGGGGAUUGGAGACCAUGUGGAGACUAUAGAGCUCUUAAUGCUGUUACUUUGCCUGACCGGUAUCCUAUACCGCACAUACAGGAUUUUGCUAACUCUUUACAUGGGUGCACUAUAUUCUCUAAAAUCGAUUUAGUCCGAGCGUAUCAUCAGAUACCUGUCCAUCCUGAUGAUAUUCACAAAACAGCAGUCACUACUCCUUUCGGAUUAUUUGAAUUCGUAUGAAUGCCAUUCGGGUUACGAAACGCAGCUCAAACCUUCCAAAGAUUUAUCGACAAGGUACUUCAAGGCUUGUAUCAUACAUAUGCCUAUAUUGAUGAUGUGCUAAUCACCAGUGCUAAUGAAGCUGAACACAAAAAGCAUUUGCAAGAGGUUUUCACACGCCUCAGGGAGUAUGGAAUUAUUAUUAACCCGAAUAAGUGUGAGUUUGGUGUUAGUACACUCACAUUCUUAGGCCAUACCAUUGAUAAGUCUGGUAUUCGACCAUUACACUCCAAAGUCUCUGCUGUUCAAAACUUCCCACUACCGAAGUCGCAACGAAAGCUACGGGAAUUAUUGGGCCUAAUUAACUUCUAUCAUCGAUUCAUUCCUCAUUGUGCCCAGUCUGAUAGGUAUUCUCCAAGACAAAUCCGUCACUUGGAUUACAUAUCCCAGUUCACUACUGACAUCCGUCAUAUCAAUGGUCAAUGUAAUCCUGUGGCUGAUGCUCUGUCUCGAGUCGAGUUAAACAAUUUAGGUUUAACAUCUCCUGCAAUCGUGGAUUAUCAGGCAAUGGCUAUGUCUCAACAAGAAGAUGAUUUCCUUGCUCAGACCUCAUCUGAUUCAUCUCUUUGCCUUCAAUCUGUUCCUCUUCAAUAUACAAGCGGCACCAUUGUCUGUGAUAUGUCUACAGGAACACCACGCCCAGUAGUACCACGCCCUUUUCGUCAGACUGUUUUCAAGUCACUUCACUCUCUUUCUCAUCCGGGGAUUAAAGCAACUCAGAGACUAGUGUCUGCACGCUUUGUAUGGCCUGGAUUACAAUCUGAUGUUAAGCGGUGGACCCGUUCCUGUUUACAGUGUCAACUCUCUAAAGUACAGAGACACAGCGUUGCUCCUCUUUCUUCUUUCCCCUCUCCUGUCGCUCGUUUUGAUAAUGUCCACAUUGAUAUAGUUGGUCCCCUUCCUCCUUCUCACAAUUACUGUUAUUUAUUAACUUGUGUGGACCGAUUCACUCGUUGGCCAGAGGCUUUCCCAAUGACCGAUAUAUCUGCUGAAACAGUGGCAAGAACUUUACUUAUGGGAUGGAUAUCUCGUUUUGGUGUCCAUUCUACUCUUACUACUGAUAGGGGAAGACAAUUUGAAUCAUCCCUGUGGACACAGUUGAUGACACUAUUGGGAACAAAACGUUUCAGGACAACGUCGUACCACCCACAAGCUAACGGACUUGUAGAGCGUUUUCAUAGACAAUUGAAAGGGGCUCUCAAGGCACAAACUCACUCUCAUUCAUGGACUGAUUCUCUACCCCUUGUCUUAUUAGGAAUUCGUACAGCUGUCAAGGAAAAGUUAAAAUGUUCUGCAGCUGAAUUAGUCUAUGGUACUAGUUUAAGGUUACCUGGUAAAUUCUUUUCACCUUCCCAUUCCGAUUUCACCGAUUCUGAAACCAAUGUUACUAAACUCAAAUCAGUAAUGGGUAAACUCAGUCCUGUUCCUACUCGACUUCCAGUAACACAAAAAUCUUUUGUGAGUAAAGAUCUUAAUUCUACUACACAUGUUUUCAUACGUCACGAUGCAGUCCGUAAACCUCUACAACAACCAUAUGAUGGUCCUUAAAAAGUAAUAGAAUGUACCGACAAAUA